CUUCAUCUACUGCAAAUAUGUGGCAAUCUGGUGUUAUGUGUCUGCUCAUGAUGGUGAUGAAAUAUUAUUCGAUUAAUGCUCAGAACCAACAGGCUUGUGCAAUACCGAGUUUAUGCAACGAUUUAACGAUCGAUCCCAGAAUUCAGACACCGACACAGGGAAUACCUACCCAAACAUCACAACCCCCUCAAACUUCACAAUUGCCACAAAUCUCACAACCUCCACAGACCAACAUAGUGACGCCUACAACUUGUCCCUCCGGUUACAUCCUAUGUAGAAAUAUCAGAUGCGGAGUGAGCUCGAAUCCGGUCCAAGCAUCCGACCAGAAUGGUGAUGCUAAGAGACUAGCCUUCCCUUGGCACGUAUUCAUCCAGGACGGUACCCGAGCCUCGGAAAGACCGGGCCGAGGAUAUGCUGGUGGUGGAGUAUUGAUAUCUCCCAGAUAUGUGGUGACAGCCGCUCAUAAAAUUAGUAACCUAACUCGUAGAGCCAUCAAUGUGCGAAUGGGUUUAUACAACAUAGAUGACGAGCAGAAUGUACAAACACGAGUUGUAUCGUCUAUUCAUUACCAUAGUGGAUAUAACAGAGAUACACUGAAGAAUGAUAUUGCAAUUCUUCAGUUGCAACAACCCAUCAAUUUGGACAAUAACGCGAAUGUAAUGUGUUUGCCUACCGCAGGAAGAAAUUAUCAGGGAACAAGCAAUGUCGGUAAUUGUUGGGUGGCUGGAUUCGGCCAAAUAGAGUUUUCCUCAUUCGCUCCUCAUUCGUUGAAACAAAUCAAGGUUCCUAUUGUGACUAAUGAUAUGUGCAUUCGAUCAUUCCAGGGUUUGUCAAUUGAUGUCAACAGGUACUUGGAUUUUCCAGGUGAAAUUUGUGCUGGAGGUGAACUCAAUGUUGAUGCUUGUACGCAAGACGGUGGUUCUGGACUUGUUUGCAGGGAUACUGGUACAUCGACAUUCAACCUUGUCGGUUUGGUGAACUGGGGCAAAAAUUGUGGUAGAGCUAACGUAUAUGGCGUUUACGUUAAUAUACCAUAUUAUGUCGAUUGGAUUAAUCGUAUCAUCACGUGUUAUAAUCAGGGCACUCUGGGCAGUACGGACUGCAGCAGGUUUGAAGCCAUACUAUUUUACUGAAGAUUGUUUUAUCGUUCAUGUUAUUAUUCAUUCAAAUAAA